GAAAUAGAAGAGCCGUAAAGUAAUUUGUCUGUCCUUAUUAUAUUGAAGCUCCGAAAGUGAUUGCGAAGUUCCGUUUCGAUCACAUAAUCAAUUCGCUGCUCAUCCCAUUACCGUGAUUCCCAAUCUUCUCCAACCCCCCCUGAGGAAUCCCCCAAAUCGGCUACAGAGUCUCAUUCCCAGGAGAGCUUGCAGAAUCAGAUUCUACUAGAGGACAUCUUAAUUGAAACUUGAACAGGACUUGUUCUGUUUGUGAGGGAGAUAUGUUGUCCACGGGCACUGUUGAAGCGGUUCUUCAUUUUUCAUCUGGGGCUAGUCCUCACAUUCUUUGGUCUGACCCAAGUUUUUUUCGAUUGGGCGCAAGACUUUCUUCCAAUUCUCCGGUUAAUUGUAGAAAGAGAAGGGACUCUAUGAAAGUAAAAGUUUACGGUCUUUCCCGGACACUCCUCAGUGAUGCUGGUAACUGCAGGCUGGAAGGGAUAGGAUGCUAUCAUAAUAGAAAGAAGGGAAUUAACAGAUUGAAGCUUGUGUGUUGCAAAAGCCAACACGUAGAGGGACUCGGGGAAAUAACUGCGAAGGAUGGGAAUGCAAAUUGGUUUCUUGAUAGUGCAAAGGAUUUAAGUGCUUUAAAUGGGAUGGUAAAUGGCCCAGACAUUCUGGAAUUCCAGGAAGUUCAGCAACAUGAGGGAAAUGGAAGUCUGAUUCUAAAUGGUGCUAGCAGGGAAGAGAAUAGAGUUCAAAGUGCUCAGUUUGACCCCAUUGAGGAGGAAGCAUGGGACCUAUUACGAGAUUCUAUUGUUUAUUACUGUGGAAGCCCUGUUGGGACAAUUGCUGCAAAUGACCCAACCAGUUCUAAUGUUCUGAAUUACGAUCAGGUCUUUAUUCGUGACUUUAUACCCUCUGGUAUUGCCUUCCUCUUGAAGGGUGAGUAUGACAUUGUUCGGAACUUCAUCCUCCACACACUUCAAUUGCAGAGCUGGGAGAAAACAAUGGACUGCCACAGCCCUGGUCAAGGUUUGAUGCCUGCUAGUUUUAAAGUACGAACAGUUCCUUUAGAUGGGGAUGAUUCUGCCACAGAAGAGGUUCUGGAUCCUGACUUUGGAGAGGCAGCAAUAGGUCGUGUUGCGCCUGUUGAUUCUGGAUUAUGGUGGAUUAUUCUGUUACGAGCAUAUGGGAAGAUCUCAGGAGAUCGAUCUGUUCAGGAAAGAAUUGAUGUCCAGACAGGGAUUAAGAUGAUUCUAAGGCUGUGCCUUGCUGAUGGGUUUGAUAUGUUCCCUACUCUGUUAGUGACUGAUGGUCCUUGCAUGAUUGAUCGUCGGAUGGGAAUCCACGGCCAUCCUUUGGAAAUACAGGCACUUUUUUACUCAGCCUUGCUUUGUGCUCGUGAAAUGCUUGCUCCAGAGGAUGGAUCUGCUGAUCUUCUCCGAGCUCUGAACAAUCGUCUAGUGGCCCUAUCAUUCCACAUUAGGGAAUACUAUUGGACUGACCUGAAAAAGCUGAAUGAGAUCUACCGUUACAAGACAGAAGAAUACUCAUAUGAUGCAGUGAACAAAUUCAACAUAUAUCCUGAUCAGAUCCCUCCUUGGCUUGUUGAGUGGAUGCCCAAUAAGGGAGGGUACUUGAUUGGAAACUUGCAGCCCGCCCACAUGGACUUCCGAUUCUUUUCGCUUGGGAACUUUUGGUCCGUGGUAAGUGGGCUCGCAACAACGGACCAGUCCCAUGCGAUCCUGGACCUCAUUGAAGCGAAAUGGACUGAUCUAGUUGCGGAUAUGCCGUUCAAGAUAUGCUAUCCGGCCCUUGAAGGGCAAGAAUGGCAGAUCAUUACGGGGAGUGAUCCGAAGAACACGCCAUGGUCUUAUCACAACGCUGGUUCAUGGCCCACUCUACUCUGGCAGCUCACCGUGGCGUGCAUAAAGAUGAACCGGCCUGACAUAGCUGCCAGAGCUGUGGAAGUUGCGGAGAGGCGCAUAGCUAAGGACAGGUGGCCUGAGUAUUAUGACACAAAGAAGGGACGAUUUAUGGGGAAGCAGGCACGGCUCUACCAGACUUGGUCGAUUGCAGGAUUUCUUGUGGCCAAGCUCCUCCUCAAGGACCCAGCUUCUGCGAAGAUCCUGAUAACCGACGAGGACUCUGAGCUCAUCAACGCCUUCUCGUGCAUGAUUAGCGCGAACCCCAGAAGGAUGCGAGGACGCAAGAAUCCGAAGCAAACCUACAUAGUAUGAGUGCGAUAAUCCUCUUUAUAGUAUUAUGGACUGGUGAGUCUUGCUUGUAUAGAUGGACUCAAGUAGUUUACUGGUUUUCUUAGGUCUAUUAAUUAUAUUCUGGGUAUUAGAGUCAGAGCUGGUGGUCAUCAUUCAUCAUUAUUUAUUGGAAGUUGUAAAAUAUGAGUGUAAAUAUAGUAAUAUUAAUUUUCUCGAUAGAUAUUACAUGAGGCCGGCAAACUUAGAUGCCCAACAGGCUUCGAUAUGUAUCCGAAUUGCACACUCAAAGAAAUUUAUUUAUGUGCUAAUGCAAA